AUGCCGCUAAACGAGAAUGUUCUUCAGUCGGAGGUCUACGAGCUUUAAUAUGAUUCUAUUAUUUUAACUUAACAUUGUUGUUUAAAGUAUUGUCAAAAGCCGAAAGCACCAAACGGUGAAAGAUCCAAAAUCGACAAGAAAAACAAAGAUGAACCGUCAGCCAACGUAUCAACAUGCGCUUUCUCGAGAAGAACAGGAGCUGUUUGACUCAUUUAGAAUUUUCAAUAAAGUCAAUUUAUAAUGUAGAUGACGCCUGUCAGCGUCUACACUCCCUCAAAGGUUUUUCCUCCCUCUUUUUUUUUACUGCUCUGUUUUUUAUUUUUAGAAAAAAAACGCUUUGCUCACUAUCCGAGAUGAUCGGCCUAUUUUUCGAAAGUCGGAGUAAGUUCAGUUGCUCACCUGAUAUCACUAACGAAAAAAAACUUCAUUUAUGGACGUUUGCAGGUCAAAAACCAACCACAAAGGAGUUUCUGAAAUGUAAGAUACAACUUCUGGAAAGGAAUAAAAACAAAAUGAAACUUUAGGAUGGCCUCGGGGGGAACGUGCAUGAGUACCUACGUUUUGCCGCCAGCCGCUCGUGAAGCUCUCGCCACCCAGUCCAGGUUGCUUCAUUCCGUAUCAGAAUAACCAGGCAGCAAAGGAAUUUAGGAUCUCCAAAGCAAUCGCCAAGAGCAAAGCUAAAGAGAAAAAAGAAGCGACGCGGAAGAUCGACCUGCAAAUGGAGAAGACCGCCGAAGCAGUCACUUCCGAACGCGUGAACUACGAAAAACUCAUCGAGCGCCACUACAAUGUCAUCAAAGCAGGGGUAUAAAGAAUGAAAGAUGCAGCUUGGCUAGACCUUCGCCACAAUACAUUGAAAAAGAGAACGAUUAAUGACAGUUUCUAAUAAAUAUCUGGCAAAAAUCCCUUAGGUUCACAAAAUUCGCUACAAGAAACGCGAGUUCGAAGUCGUGAUCGAGGAGGCCUCUACAGUCUUUUCCAGUAAGUCUUGGCGUUUUUCUGAAGAAAAAAAAAACAAUUGCUUUGAGGCGAAAAAGCCCUCUUGGACUUGGACCCGCCUUGCGUGGUCGUCGGUGAUUUGCACGGACAGUUCAACGACCUCAUCAACAUGUUCCUUCUGAUCGGAAGGCCUCCCCACGUGAAGUACGUCUUCACAGGUUGUUAGGCUGUCCUUUUUGCGUUUUAUUAUAAUAAACCUUCAGGAGACUACGUAGAUCGUGGGAUGAUGAGCAUAGAAUGCAUAAUGCUUCUUUUUUCAUACAAGGUACCACAAAUUUUUUUUUUGAUUGAUUGACGGUGAAGUUCAGGUGUGCUAUCCAGAAGGAAUUUAUUUACUUCGAGGAAACCACGAAAUAGCUCGAGUGAACAAAAAGUAUGGAUUUUAUGACGAAUGCCUCAAUCACAUUCCCAACGGCGAAGAAAUUUGGGCGCUUUUCCAGGUAGAGGUUGCGAAGUUCGGAAAAAGAAAGGUUUCAGCGAUGCUUCAACCAACUUCCGAUCGCAGCUCUCGUUGCGACCAAAAUCCUGUGCAUGCAUGGCGGCCUUUCUCCAUCGCUCACCACUUUAGAUGUUGGGAACGGACUUUUUAGAACCUGAAUCUUGAGAACGGAAUCUUUAUUCUUUUUUUUAACUGUGCUAAACAGAAACCUGAUGCCGUGAAAUUUUAGGCAUCGUAAAUGUGAGGAUUCAAAUGAGUUUGAAUCUGGUGAAUUGAUAUUUUUGAGUUACACGGGAAAAUUCCAGAAGGAACUGAAAAAAAGCUUUUGAAAAAAAAAAAACUCAAAAAUUAGUUCCCUAUUCUUCUUUUUGAAACCUUUUCAAGGGCAUUUGGGAGCCCGUGAAUUGCGAGUCUUAUUGACUUGAAAAGUGGAAUAUAUGUGAAUGUAGGAAAACCUUUUUCCUUAAACUCCUUCAAACUCUCCCUGCGGUAACGUUCAGGAAUAUGAAAUAUGAUUCUCCCGAGUGACAUUCGAAGUUUUUGAGAAAAUUAAAUUGAGUCUUAGAAUAAGGCCAGUUUUCAAUGUUGUUUUCCACAGCGAAUAUCGAGAAAUAUCUCUAAACUUUUAAUAAAAGACUCUAGAUUCUACGCGAUCAUCCAAAACCUAUUCGCAAUCCUUUUCGUGGUCUGGUCAAUGAUAUGCUGUGGGCGGACCCUGAUUUGGCAGUCCACGAGUGGAAAACAAGUUCACGGGGUUCAGGCUUCGCUUUCGGUACCAACGUUUGUUUCCACGGAAAAUCAGUUCUCAGGUUUUUUUUUUCAGGUGAUUGAUGAAGUUUGCCAUCGUUUGGGAAUAGAACUAAUCAUCAGAGCGCAUCAGGUUCGAAUAUGCGAAAACGGAAUAAUCAUUUACGUCUUAGAUGUGUUUCGAUGGCUACUGGGUAGUUCCAAGUCACAAACUCAUCACUAUUUUCUCAGCACCUCUUUAUUGCAACCUUUACAAGUUUUUCUUGGCUAUGAUGGCAACUUGUUAUUGUUUUUUUUUUUUUUGCAGAAAUGCAGCUUGUGUGUUGAAAAUUGACGAUAAACUUGAGGUACAGAUUGCUGCCUUCGUUCCAGAAUCUGUGAGUCCAGCCUUUUCCGUUAUAAAAAAUUGGAAAGAAGUUUAAGCCCAACAUUGAGCAAAUCAUACAACAGAAACAGCAAUUAUGGGAUCCUACAAUCGACAAACUGGACCCGGUUUAA